AUGGAAGAGGAGGUUGCCGCCCUCGUUAUCGACAAUGGUUCGGGUAUGUGCAAGGCCGGUUUCGCCGGUGACGAUGCGCCCAGAGCUGUCUUCCCCUCCAUUGUCGGUCGCCCCCGUCACCAUGGUAUCAUGAUUGGUAUGGGCCAGAAGGACUCCUACGUCGGUGAUGAGGCACAGUCGAAGCGUGGUAUCCUGACGCUCCGCUACCCCAUCGAGCACGGUGUCGUCACCAACUGGGACGACAUGGAGAAGAUUUGGCACCACACCUUCUACAACGAGCUCCGUGUCGCCCCCGAGGAGCACCCCGUCCUCUUGACUGAGGCCCCCAUCAACCCCAAGUCCAACAGAGAGAAGAUGACCCAGAUCGUCUUCGAGACCUUCAACGCCCCCGCGUUCUACGUCUCCAUCCAGGCCGUCCUGUCUCUGUACGCCUCCGGUCGUACCACCGGUAUCGUCCUUGACUCUGGUGACGGUGUCACCCACGUUGUUCCCAUUUACGAGGGUUUCGCUCUUCCCCAGGCCAUUGCCCGUGUCGACAUGGCUGGUCGUGACUUGACCGACUACCUCAUGAAGAUUCUCGCUGAGCGCGGUUACUCCUUCUCCACCACUGCCGAGCGUGAAAUCGUUCGUGACAUCAAGGAGAAGCUCUGCUACGUCGCCCUUGACUUCGAGCAGGAGCUCCAGACCGCUUCUCAGUCCUCCAGCUUGGAGAAGUCCUACGAGCUUCCCGACGGUCAGGUCAUCACCAUCGGCAACGAGCGUUUCCGUGCUCCUGAGGCUCUGUUCGCUCCUUCCGUUCUUGGUCUUGAGUCUGGCGGCAUUCACGUCACCGUCUUCAACUCCAUCAUGAAGUCCGAUGUCGAUGUCCGUAAGGACCUGUACGGCAACAUCGUCAUGUCUGGUGGUACCACCAUGUACCCUGGUCUCUCCGACCGUAUGCAGAAGGAGAUCACUUCUCUUGCUCCUUCUUCCAUGAAGGUCAAGAUCAUCGCUCCCCCCGAGCGCAAGUACUCCGUCUGGAUCGGUGGUUCUAUCUUGGCCUCCCUGUCUACCUUCCAGCAGAUGUGGAUCUCCAAGCAGGAGUACGACGAGAGCGGUCCCUCCAUUGUCCACCGCAAGUGCUUCUAA